AUGCCCUUUGCAAGGCUUGAUAGCCUACCACAGGAAGUGAGCUCACCUCCACCCCCAGUUGGUCGAGGCAAGUUCAGCAGCCAUAUUACCGAACCCUUGCAGGAGCUCAUGGAUGCUUUGCCUUUCCAGAAGCUCUUCAAGCCACUUACUGUGGCGCGCGAUGUAAAGGUCUUGGAACGCGGUCACUGGUUAUUGGAGAUCACAAUCGCCCGCGAUGACCAUGUGGCCGAUGCUCGUGCAUCACCGACCAAGCAGGAGGCCAUGCAAGCUUACUCUGAUCGCUUCGCCGGCGCCACUGCCGAAGAGCGCCUGGCCAAGUUUUGGCAGGCCAAGUCCGCCGGUGUGAUGAGUGACUAUGACUUUGGCCAUGAAGACGGAGCAGUUGGCAAGUGGACGGAAGCCGAGUUUGUGACAUUUUGGAAUAACUUUGCGGGGUUGCUGUGUAAAGCUAAGGCCGGGUGGGCGGUGAGGAUGGUGCGAGACGACGUGGCGUGGGGACUGCAACAAGCUGGCACGCGAAUGGUACGCAUCCGGAUCUUUACGUGGGGCGAGAUCGUCGGUCAUAUCUACCUAGCAAUCUGGCUAUCCUCAGACAAGCUGUCUGUCCGCAUUCCGAUGAAGUGGGUCGCGGGAGAUGGGCAGGCAGUGAUUGAGAUGUCGGGGAAGAAGAAGCACAAGGGCCGACUCCCGUCAUGGAUCAGGAAGGGACCCGAAGGCGAACGAGGAUCAUGGGGCUUAGCUGCUGAGGAAGAACCCACUUAG